CGAGGACAUUUUUGCAUAAAAAAAAAUAAGCAAAAUUCUACAUGGUCAAAAUCCUAUUUAUUCUUUUAUUUUAAAAAGAGAGAAAUGUUAAAAAAAUAUCCGCACCAUAUAAUUUAACAAAAGAAAAUAGCUUAGCAAAUAGGAAUGCUCUUACAAUAAUUAAUUCAACUAAAUCGGAAUUAAUUAAUAACUAAUCGUUAAUUAAUGUAACUAAUUAAUAAAUACAAUCAAUCUUUGCAAAUCCACAAAUAAAGCCGCCAUGACAAGUAGAGUAGGGUCCUCUGUUUUAAGCUCAGUUGACUUUUUGGUCAACUCAAGAAAAGUCUCUGUUCUUCAUCUUCAUCCAUAGUAUCCGCCAUUAAUACCCCUCUUAAACCUCUCCUCAUUUCACCAUUAACCCACCAAGAAUUGAACCCAACUCACCCACCAUUUUCCAAUAAUCCAACAACCAUGAACACCAUUUUCUUCAUCUUCUUCUUCUUCUUGUUCAAUUCACUCAUCUCAGUUCAAGCACAGACAAAGACAAUCCGAUCAUUCUCAUCUUCAAACUCACCAUGGAGACCCAACCAGAACCAAACUCUUCUCUCUCCCAACUCAACCUUCGCCGCGGGUUUCAAACCCAAAUCCUCUGGCUCAAACCGCUUCACUUUCUCCAUUUGGUACCAAAACGUCACAGGAAACGAUGUCGUUUGGUCCACUGAUAAAAACGACAUGUCGUUUCUUACUAACUCUGCUGUUCUUACAAUCACCUCCUCCGGUGAACUCCGUCUCCGAAACUCCUCCACUGGAUCAAACUUAUGGCCGGGAAACACCACUGGGAAUCUUAACAGUAGCUUAACGUUAACGGAAGACGGUAAUUUGGUGUUUGGGAAGUGGGAAAGUUUCAAAUUCCCGACAGAUACGAUUCUCCCGAACCAGAACAUAUCCAACACUGAACUCGUUUCCGGUAAUGGAAAAUUCACGUUCCGAAAUGCUACUGAUUUGGUGUUUAAUUCUUCCGAUCAGUAUUGGAGGGCGAAUAACGCGUUUUUGAGGCUCGGUUCGGAUGGGAAAGUGGAACAGGAGAACAGUGCUUCGCUCAUAACUUCUGAUUUCGGUCCUAAUCUGAAACGGAGGCUGACUUUGGAUAAUGAUGGAAAUUUGAGGAUUUAUGGUUUCGAUCCAGAUCUGAGGGAUUGGACUGAGGUUUGGCACGCGACUCACGAGCUCUGCACAAUCCACGGCACGUGUGGAGCCAACGCGAUCUGUACCAGCGACGGUUCUAAUUCCUCCUCCUGUGUUUGUCCUCCGGGAUUUGCCGGAGAAAAUCCUAAAGAAAAUGGUUGUCAGAGGAAAAUCCAAAUUAUGGAUUUACAGAAGACGAAAUACAUUAGACUCGAUUACGUGAAUUUCACUACUUCGAAUGAGGUGAGUUUGAGCGGAGCAACGAAUCUGAGCGAUUGCGAAUUGAAUUGUACGAGAAAUCGUGAUUGUUUAGGGUUUAUGUUUAAAUACGAUGGCAGAGGCUCUUGUGUAUUGAAGAACAAGAACGAUUCGGAUAAUCGGCUUGUGAAUGGUUUUUGGUCGCCGGGAACAGAAAGCGCCAUGUUCCUCCGCGUCGACGAAUCCGAAACUGAUCAGAGCAAUUUCAAAGGCAUGACGGAGAUUCUCGAAACGACAUGUCCGAUCAAAAUCGAGCUUCCUCUUCCUCCAGACGAUUCCAACACAACCACAAGAAACAUCGUAAUAAUCUGUACUCUUUUCGCCGCCGAACUAAUUUCCGGUGCUUUGUUCUUCUACGCUUUUCUCAAAAAGUAUAUCAAAUACAGAGACAUGGCUAGAACACUCGGUCUCGAGCUUCUUCCCGCCGGCGGACCCAAACGUUUUUCCUACGCAGAGCUCAAAACCGCCACCAAAGACUUCUCUGACCGAAUCGGACAAGGAGCUUUCGGCGAUGUAUACAAAGGCGAAUUAACAGAUCACAGAGUCGUCGCCGUUAAAUGCUUAAAGAACGUCGCCGGCGGUGAACCGGAUUUCUGGGCUGAGGUCACCAUCAUUGCUAGAAUGCACCACCUUAACCUGGUUCGGUUAUGGGGUUUCUGCGCUGAAAAAGGUCAACGAAUUCUCGUCUACGAGUUCGUACCAAACGGGUCACUAGAUAGAUACCUCUUCUCCUCAAAACGGGCCGGGUCGGACCAGUCCAAACCCGUAUUAGAUUGGAACAUACGGUAUCGGAUCGCACUCGGUGUAGCCCGAUCCAUCGCUUAUCUACACGAGGAAUGUUUAGAGUGGGUCCUACAUUGCGAUAUAAAACCCGAAAACAUUCUAUUGGGCGAUGAUUUUUGCCCGAAGAUUUCGGAUUUCGGGUUAUCGAAAUUAAGAAAGAAAGAAGAUAUGGUGAGCUUAUCUAAGAUUCGUGGGACCCGCGGGUACAUGGCACCAGAAUGGGUCAAAUCGGAUACGAUCACGGCUAAAGCUGACGUGUACAGUUUUGGAAUGGUGUUGUUGGAGUUAGUUACUGGGCGUAGGAAUAGUGAGAUACAAGAAGAAGAAGGGUCUGUUAAGGAAGGGAGUGAGGUUUGGUAUUUUCCAGCUUGGGCAUUUGAUAAAGUUUACAGAGAAGUGAAUGUUGAGGAUAUUUUGGACAAUCAGAUCAAACAAUCGUACGAUAGUAGGGCCCACUAUGAUAUGGUUAAUCGGAUGGUUCAGACUGCUUUGUGGUGUUUACAGAGUCGCCCCGAAAUCCGACCGUCCAUGGGGAAGGUUGCUAAGAUGUUGGAAGGAACGGUUGAGAUCACUCAACCUUCUAAGCCUACAAUCUUUUUCCUUGGUGGAGAUGAUGAACAAUGAGUUUUAAACAAUUAAUAUCAUCAUGAAAAAAGCAAAAGCAAAAGCAAAAGCAAAAUUCUAAUUGAAAAUAUAAUGUGACAUUAAUACUUUUUCAAA